UUAACUGGCUCAAGCAGAUCCGUGAGGACUAGAGGAAGAAUGCUCCUGGCUGCUUUGUACUGUCUGCUGUGGAGUUUCCAGACCUCCACUGGUCAUUUCCCUCGAGCCUGUGCCUCCUCCAAGAGCCUGAUGGAGAAGGAAUGCUGCCCACCGUGGAGGGGUGACGGGAGUCCCUGUGGCCAGCUUUCUGGCAGGGGUGUCUGUCAGGACAUCGUUCUGUCCAAUGCCCCCCUCGGGCCUCAAUUCCCCUUCACAGGGGUGGAUGACCGGGAGUCUUGGCCCUCGGUCUUUUACAAUAGGACCUGCCAGUGCUUUGGCAACUUCAUGGGAUUCAACUGUGGAAAUUGCAGGUUUGGCUUUUGGGGACCAAACUGCACAGAGAAGCGACUCUUGGUGAGAAGAAACAUCUUUGAUCUGAGUGUCCCAGAGAAGAACAAAUUUCUUGCCUACCUUACUUUAGCGAAGCAUACCACCAGUCCAGACUAUGUCAUCCCCACAGGCACCUAUGGCCAAAUGAAUAAUGGAUCAAACCCCAAGUUUAAUGACAUCAACAUUUAUGACCUCUUUGUCUGGAUGCAUUAUUAUGUGUCAAGGGACACACUGCUUGGAGGGUCUCAAGUCUGGAGAGACAUUGAUUUUGCUCAUGAAGCCCCAGGUUUCCUGCCUUGGCACAGACUCUUCUUGUUGCUGUGGGAACAAGAAAUCCAGAAGCUGACCGGGGAUGAGAACUUCACUAUUCCAUAUUGGGAUUGGCGAGAUGCUAAAAGCUGUGACAUUUGCACGGAUGAGUACAUGGGAGGGCGCAACCCAGCAAACCCUAACUUACUCAGCCCAGCAUCCUUCUUCUCCUCAUGGCAGAUAAUCUGCACCCGCCUGGAGGAGUACAACAGCCAGCAGGUUUUAUGCGACGGAGCUCCGGAGGGACCGCUUCGGCGCAAUCCCGGAAACCAUGACAAAGCCAGGACCCCGAGGCUGCCCUCCUCCGCUGAUGUGGAAUUCUGCCUAAGUCUGACCCAGUAUGAAUCGGAUUCCAUGGAUAAAGCUGCCAAUUUCAGCUUUAGAAAUACACUGGAAGGAUUUGCUAGUCCACUUACUGGGAUAGCAGAUGCCUCUCAAAGCAGUAUGCACAACGCCCUGCACAUCUAUAUGAAUGGGACAAUGUCUCAGGUACAGGGGUCUGCCAACGACCCCAUUUUUCUUCUUCACCAUGCAUUCGUUGACAGUAUUUUUGAACAGUGGCUCCGAAGGCACCAUCCUCUUCAAGAAGUUUAUCCAGAAGCCAAUGCACCCAUUGGACACAACCGGGAAUCCUACAUGGUUCCUUUUAUACCUCUGUACAGAAAUGGUGAUUUUUUUAUUUCAUCCAGAGAUCUGGGCUAUGACUAUAGCAACCUACAAGAAUCAGAUCGGGACAUUUUUCAAGAUUACAUUAAGCCCUACUUAGAACAAGCAAGUCAGAUCUGGCCAUGGCUCAUCGGGGCUGCUGUGGUGGGCUCUGUCCUCACUGCUGUGCUGGGAGGGCUCACAAGCCUAUUGUGUCAUCGUCAGGAGAGAAAGCGGCUCCAUGAAGAAAAGCAGCCACUCCUCAUGGAAAAGGAGGAUUACCACAGCUUGUUGUAUCAGACCCAUUUAUAAGAGGCUUAGGCAAUAGAGUAGGGCCCACAAGGCUGACCUCACUUUAACUCAAAUGAUGUCCAAGUCCCCAAGGAGAUGUCCCCAGAGCAAUCCCUACCAUUUGUCUAUGAAGUCUACUAUCAGAAUUGAUAUAAAAGGUACCUGCCCUCCUUCAGUUCAGGUAGAAUACACCUGUGCUUGCCUCACUGUCUUUUAAUCAUGCCUUUGACAGUUUUCCUCAAACCCAUAUUUCUUAGAAAAGAAUGCCAUUUAGUAAUGAGUGACUACUACUUGUACCUGAAUGAAAGUGCUCUUAUAAAAAUGUGGGAAUAAUUUUGAUCUUUCCUCCUGAUUGUUUAAUGAAAUGUUUCUUUUUAU